CGCACACGCGCUCCUACCCCGUCCUGCCUCUAUCGCGUCUCCUCUCCCUCACCCCGUGGCUCUCUGUCAUUCAUAUCUCUUUUUCCGUCUGCACGUUCUCCCGGCGCGACGCUGUCUCUCUCUUUCUCACUCUCUCUUAUGCGACGCUCACCGCUCGCCGUCUACACCCAGUCUACGGUCGCUCGGGUCGGCCGGCCGCCGGCGAGGAGACUGCCGCUCGGAACCCCAGCCCGAAGAAGAGCCGGCCUAAUCUAGAGAGAGCGGCCGGCGAGCGAGCGUGACUACUCGAGCGUGUUACGUUGUACGCGCGUGGUGUGCUCGCGCGAUGCGUCGGCGCCCGCGCCCGCGCCCGCGUGUGUCGUGCGUGUGCUACUGCGUGUGGCAUCGUGCCGGCGUAAGACGAUCCAUCUUCCUCCGCGCGCGUCAUCGUUCUCGCCGGUUCGUCGCCUCGACGCCGUCCUGCCGCCAGUGACUGGGCUAAUCGAGCUCCGCGGAGCGAUCCUCGCAUGGCUGUCGACGAGGAGGCGACGCUCGGAGCCGCGCCGGCGGCAACGAGGAGGUAUCUGUCGCAGUGUUUGACACGCGAAGAGCGGAGCUAAACGGGUGAACACGAUUCUAAAUCUCUCAGGAUAAUGCGCGUACUGACAAUUGAUGAUUUUAUCGCAUGGACCGGAGUGAAUAAUUUCUCAUUUGCGACGGGCGGUAAGAGGGCACCGAAGGAGAUGCGUAACGUGAUGAAAUAAUUGGACGUAUGUAUGCAAGAAAAGCUCCACUACUCUCACUUAGCCUUGUACGAGUGAAACGAGAGUGCCCCCCGAUGCCGAAAAAGGGGCAAUUUCUGCCAAACGUGCCCGAUUCCUGAAGGGGCAUGCCAGAACAUUUUCGUUCGUUCACGUAGACUCGCGUAAGAAUUUCUUGGCUAGAGAAACCAUGGAGGAUAUAAAAGUGCCGAACCUAGGGCAGGCCGCGUCGGCCGCGUGCUCUAUGGCGACGAAUUUCCUGGCGCCGGUGAAGACCGAGCGCCAGAUCUACGAGAAUUCGAUGCUCGAGGACGAUCCCAAUGCCAACUCGGUGGUGCCGACCUCGCAGGAGGACAGAACCGUGCCCAGGUGGGGCCCGAAUCACAAAGGCGCCCAGGAGCUCGCGAAUCUGUACAGCACCGGGAAGAGAACACAAGAGUGCAUCUGCGUGGGAAUCUGCAUCACUCUUAUAGCCGUGAACUCUUUGUUCGUGCUCAUCAGGUUACGACUGGAAAAUUUUAGUUCCAUAGCAAUAGCUGCACUGUGCGGUAUCAUCACGGCCGACUUUGGCUCCGGUCUGGUUCAUUGGGCCGCGGAUACCUGGGGAUCCGUUGAACUUCCGAUUCUGGGGAAGAAUUUUCUACGACCAUUUCGCGAGCAUCACAUAGAUCCCACCAGUAUAACGAGACACGACUUCAUAGAGACUAACGGUGAUAAUUUUAUGGUCGCGAUACCAGUCCUGUCCAAACUCACAUGGGACUUUCUAACGUUGCCUGAAGUGGAGAUGCAACAGAAGUUCGUGUGGACGUGCUAUUGGUUCCUGCUUGCCAUUUUUGUAGCAAUGACUAAUCAGAUACACAAGUGGUCGCACACGUAUUUCGGUUUACCCACCUGGGUUAUAUGGCUUCAAGAGCACAGGAUUAUCCUGCCGAGGAAGCAUCAUCGCGUGCACCACGUCGCGCCCCACGAGACUUACUUUUGCAUCACCACGGGAUGGCUGAACUGGCCUUUAGAAAAACUUCACUUUUGGUACAUUCUGGAGGUGAUAAUUGAGUGGUCCAUCGGCUGUAAACCCAGAGCCGACGAUCUGAAAUGGGCGCAAAAACGCUCUUGAGAAUUAAUAAUUGUCCUCCCUUCGCUAUUGUACAUUUUACUAUACGAUCGAGAUAUCGAGAUCUAACGUUCGGCUAAACGUCGGAAACACAACAAAUCACAAACAUCGAACUGUGAAAUAGAGAUUAAGUGGAAGAUUUUUAUGGGCAAUAGUAAAAAAAAAAGAGAAGCUUGUAUACAUGGAAUUCUUAAUUGUUCGAAGAGGUAUCGAGUAUAUAUAUAUAUAUAAAUAUAUAUAUAAAUAUAUAAAUACUUCUUUCUUUUCGUACUGUGAGGCCUUUUCUCUGAAGACAAAGUGUACAAGGAUAAUAGCAUUACUCGAUAUGCUUUUAAAGUUUACACGUUUUUAAUACGUACGCGCAAUAAUACGUGUAUAUAUUAUAUACAUAUACAUAUAUAUUAUUAUAUACAUGUACGACAAAUAAGGAAUAAGCAUAAAUUUCAGAAUCACGCUUACCAAAUUGCAAUCUGACAAGUCUGUCAACACCACUAUGUCGAUAACGUCUUUGUGUACCGCACAAUCAUCGGCGUAAAUUGCACAAACUAUAAACAUUUAUUUUAACACGAUAUACAGAGCAAUUCGAGAGGCAACCGUGAUAUUAAGAGCCAGAUACGAGGCGUAAUAAUAAGCUGAAAUACCUCAUAUUUUUUUAAAAACAUGAUUGCAUUUUUCUAAUGUGUGGUUACGCAAACAAAAGUAAAUAUUAUAAAAAUUAUAUGCUAAUAUACAUGAUAGAUACGCACAUAUAUAUUUAUAUAUAUAUGAUUUCUGCGUAUACAUAUAUCUAUAUACAUACACACACAUAUACAUAAUUCGAUUAUUAAUUAUAUAAACAUAUUUGGCAAUUAUCGAUUAAGGCAAAAUCAAUUAUGAAGAAUAUUGUUUAUAUUAACGUUUAAACAUUAUUAAGGAAAUCUGUUUUCUCUUUUUUUUUGUUAAAACGCAACUACAACGCUUAUCGAUAAGUGCUCCAAUAUCAUCUCUUACACAAACAAAAUUAAACUCCCUGAACCUCCC